AUGGCGAAGUCUACACGCCCACCGAAGGCACAGGCCGGAUCACCACCAGAGAGCCUCAAGGACAUUAUUCACCGCCAAACCACCCUCAUCGAAUCUGCCAAAGCCGACCUAGAGGAGGUCAAGCACGACCAGAAUGUCCUUCGAGAGCAGAAUGACAGACUCCAUGAAGAAGUUAAGGCCUUACGAAUGAACCGGCCAAUUGACAUCUGA